UGCAAAUGGUCGCCCUAUUGUACUCUGUGAUCGGCAGCAGCUGAGAGGCUCUCUAUGGCCAGGUGCCAGACAUGUCUCUAGUACUUUGAGCUCAUUCGUGUUGCAGCCUUUAGAGUACAGAAGUCAUUAAUUACUUUGGGGAAGUUGCAAUACCUGCACCCUCUUCUCCCAGCACUGCCCAGGGACAGGCAGCAGUGAGCAGACAAGAAAGACUCCCAAAAAUGGCUUUGGGGACCGCUCUGGUUUAUGAUGAGGAGAUGACGACGUAUAAACUGCUUUGGGACGACCCAGAGUGUGCCAUCGAAGUCCCUGAGCGGUUAUCUAAAUCUUAUGAGCGGUUGCAGCAUUAUCACCUCGUGGAGAGAUGUGUCCGGUUACCUGUCCGAGAGGCUUCCGUGGAAGAGAUUACCUUGGUGCAUAGCCCUGAUUAUCUGGAUGUUGUUAAGAGCACGCAGACCAUGAAUGAAGAAGAACUUAGGACAACGUCGAAGAAGUACGUUGCUGCUUAUUUUCACCAGAAUUCCUAUCGCUGUGCCAAGCUGUCCCUUGGUGGCACCUUACAGCUGGUGGAUGCAGUCCUGUCUGGGGAGGUGCAGAACGGAAUGGCUCUUGUAAGACCUCCAGGGCAUCACAGUCAACGCGAUCAAAGUAAUGGAUUCUGUGUUUUUAAUAAUGUUGCAAUUGCUGCAAAAUACGCCCAAAAAAAGUACAAUUUGCAGAGAAUCCUGAUUGUUGAUUGGGACGUACACCAUGGACAAGGAAUUCAGUACAUCUUCGAGGAUGAUCCCAGCGUUCUUUACUUUUCUUGGCAUCGUUAUGAACACAAAAUAUUUUGGCCAAAUCUCACCGAAUCAGACUAUGACUGUGUCGGAAAAGGGCAAGGAACUGGCUUUAAUAUAAAUCUCCCGUGGAACAAGAUCGGCAUCGGUAACGCGGAUUACAUUGCAGCCUUUCUACAUGUGCUCCUGCCUUUAGCCUUCGAGUUUGAUCCUGAAUUGGUUCUGGUGUCUUCUGGAUAUGAUUCUGGAAUUGGUGAUCCAGAGGGCCGUAUGAACGCCACCCCAGAAUGCUUCAGUCAUCUCACCCAUCUGCUCACAAACCUUGCUGGUGGGAAACUAUGUGUUGUUCUCGAGGGUGGAUAUCAUCUGACGUCACUGUCUGAAUCUGUCUGCAUGACUGUAAGGACGUUACUUGGAGACGCAGUGCCCAGGCUAUCGGGGGACAUGACUCCGUGUCACAGUGCUUUAGAAUCAAUACAGAAUGUACGCACCGCACACACUCCUUACUGGCAGUGCCUAUCCAUGGAUGAAACCAAGCCGGUGCAACAAUGCAGUACUAAAGGCAGUUCCACUCUAGAGCUUCCUUACGAACAGCAAGAAAGCGCUGAUACAGCCAGGUUUGACAGCUUGAUUGAGUCUCACAUGAAAAACAUCCUGUCCCCUGCACCUCCUUUCCGAACCUCUGCUGUAACCCCUGAUGGGAACACAUUUAUUAUACCCGCCGGCGUGCAUGUUGAGGACCAGGUUGCUCCAAGGGAACAAAUUGAUGCGGCCUGCAGUGGAAUUAGUAUGUCACACUUAAAUGAAGGGCAUCUAGUACAUUCUGUGGGCAAAAUGUUAACAGUCAUCAACAAACUGGUGAAAAAGCAGACAAAGAAUGCUGUGGUUUUAUCACCAAGUACGUCACUAUCGGCAGCUGUGGCUCUGCAGACUUCUUUGAAUUUGGGUAUUGAGAGGGUGCUCUAUGUUCAUGUUGGGGAUUUGGAUUCAGAACGUGAUUUUGAAAAUGAUCAGAAAACACUGUUUGUUAAAGUUUGUGGAGACCAACCAUCCAAAGUAUUUUCAAAAUAUCACAUUUCUCUAAAAUGGAAAGACACUCCUGAUGAAAGUAGCAGCUUCUUUUAUUUGGUUUUGCAAAUUCUACUUCCUUUGGCUUACAGCUACCAGCCUGACUUUAUUCUACUGAGUGCAGGAAGUAACAGGAGCGUUGGCAAUAGAGAUAUAUUGCUGCUUUCCAACAUGCUGCAAGUUUUGGCGGAAGGAUGGAUUCUUGCUAUAAUCCCGGAUACUGAACCAGAGCUGGCAGUGGGUAUUUCCAGCAGCUUAGCGGGAUGUUCAACAGCAAUGCACUACGGGCCGUAUAAAUGUCCUACUAAAGAGUGCGUGAACAGCUUAAAGGAGAUACAGCGCGCCCUGCAGGAGGACUGGAGAAUGCUCAGGAAUUAUGCUGCGUAAAAUACAUUCUGCUGUGUACACGGAUAUCCUUAGAAAGCUCUCUGAAAUCCUUUCUUGCAAAGCCUCUGUGAUGGAUAACCUGGCACUUGCAAACGAACAAACCACCGAACGGAGUCAAUAGUCUUACGCUUGAGCUUGUUCCCUUCAUCUUGACGAAUGAUCUUACUGAACAGUGCCCUUCUAAGCUGAAUAGAAACAAAUGCAGGCGAUGAUGGAACUUCAGCUCGGGGAAUUUAUGUAUCCGAUUUCAGUUCCAUGAGAUUCAUGCCCAAACACCGCUGCCUGCAUUCAUACGAACAAGAUGGCCGCCACCUUGUGGUUGUUGACUGGAAUCGCGGCCACCUAGACGAACAAUUAGAACACUGCAGUGAGAAACGUUCCAAGUUGUUAAUAGGUGUUAACAAGGUCCCGGUGGUCCCUGUUUGAAGUAUAUUAACCAGUUCUAUUGCAGAGCCCAUAGUCACAGGGUAAAAGGCUGGCAAGUAGUCCCCUCCAAAAACCAGUGGCGAAGUUGCUUUCGUCGCAGCCUCUAUCGUCUUUCACAAUCAAGUGCUGCAGCAUCAAGUUACAAGGGAC